CACUCGUGCGUGGUGGCCAUGGAGACGUCCAGGAGUUUUACAGGAGGGUGUCAUUUCCAAACUCAGUGCGCAGCGAAGGAUGCCUUUUCAAUUAACGACCCGAGGAGACGGGACGCAGAUGGAUUGUGUUAAUGCGCGCUGCGAUGAAGUGAUGGAAGAGUUGAUCACCACCUGACAAGUACAGAAGUUCUUAUUCAUUUCUGCUUUGGGGACAGUGGACACUUCAGCCACUUAAAGCGACUUAAAGAAUCAGAAACAAGACGGAAUUAGAAUUAGAAAACCAUGCACUGUUCAUAUCCAUGGAGAGAUGGCAUGCGUGCUCCUCUUCACUCGACUUCUUCCCUUCUCUCACCGGCUCACAAGAACAUCCAUCUGCUUACUAUCCCUUUUACUCUCUUAUCUGUGCUACUGUGCACUAUUCCCAGCCGAAACCAUCAUGCAAAAGUCAGGUGAUCCGACGCCCAGCUGCCAGCGCGUCCUGGCCGAUGGAGUCAAAAGACGCGUUCAGAAAUCACCGUCCUGCGUUUUGCCGCUGGAUGCGAGACCGAGCAGUGUCGAGGCAUCUCGGCUGAGAACCGACCAAAGACCUCCUUCGACUCUCCGCGUCGACACGCCCAGUCCCCCCAUGGGUAACUUAAAGUUUGGGAAUAAAAAGUUGCCGAACGCCAUCAUAGUCGGUGUGAAAAAGGGAGGCACCAGAGCUGUGCUGGAGUUCAUCAGGAUUCACCCGGACGUGCGAGCGGCUGGAACCGAGACUCACUUCUUUGACAGGAACUAUGACAGAGGCCUGGAGUGGUACAGAGGUUUAAUGCCAAGGACUCUCGAAAGCCAAAUCACGAUGGAGAAGACACCAAGCUACUUUGUGACAAAAGAGACGCCACACCGGAUCUCUGCCAUGUCCCGAGAUACCAAGCUCAUUGUGGUGGUGCGCGACCCCGUCACCCGUGCGAUAUCAGAUUAUACUCAGACUUUGUCCAAAACGCCCGACCUGCCAAGCUUCCAGGAUCUAGCCUUCAGAAACCAGACCCUGGGCAUUGUGGACACGUCCUGGAAUGCCAUUCGGAUCGGCCUGUACGCUCUGCACCUUGAAAACUGGCUCCGCUUCUUCCCUCUGGCUCAGAUCCACUUUGUGAGCGGAGAGCGUCUUAUCACAGACCCGGCAGGGGAGUUGGCUCGGGUGCAAGACUUCCUUGGGUUAAAGCGCAUUGUCACAGACAAACACUUCUAUUUCAACCGCACCAAGGGCUUCCCUUGCCUUAAGAAGCCGGAGAGCAGCGGCUCACCUCGCUGCCUGGGCAAGUCCAAGGGUAGAACUCACGUGCAGAUAGACAGAGAUGCUAUUGAGCAACUGCGAGACUUCUAUAGACCUUACAACGUCAAGUUUUAUGAAAUGGUGGGUCACGAUUUCAAGUGGGAGUAGAGGUUUGAGAGAUAUUUUUAACUGACACAAGAUUUAUGUAUUCCACAAAUUAAAAAAAUGGUGUUCCUGCAUUAUAAUGACAUGGCUAAGGCGGGUAGCUAACUAUCAGCAGGCUCCAGACAAUAUCCGAGUGAAACAGCAAAAGCAGUACUAUUUUUUGAAGUGACACUAAUGAACGGAGCAAAAUCUAAGAUGACACUGCUUAUGCACUUGUAAUGAUCACUUACCAGCCAGCGUCAACAUUCUGUUUGUUGCCAGAUAUAGCCGUCAUUUCAGCUUCAGGAUCACAUGAUUUUCUGUUCCUGUUACUGUGUAUUAUUGCUGACUAGAUUCCUCAUUUGCUGACUGGUUUGUGAAAAAAAUAUUCCAGGGAAUGGGAUUAGUUCCUCUUAAAACCUGCUUCACUAAUCAAGGCAGGGCUUGAAAGCAAGACCUUGGAAAAUGUCAGUGAAGUCUUCAGGGAGAGCAGAAUUAAGCUGCAGCACUGUGGUGGUGAAUCUGAAAUGUAAAGCCAUAAUGCGAGUAUGAACCACCUAAUAUCACUUACUGUUGGUCUCAUCAGUUUCUAUACAGGGCAGAAGGGUUUCUGUCUCGUUCUUUUCAGCAUGAAUCGGGUAAGUUAGUACAGUAUAUGCUGCACCACGCAGCCCUUCACUCUGUUCUUUAUUUGCCGAAUCCAUGUUUAUAUUUUUGUUACAAAAGUAUU